AUGCUGCAACCUGGCGCAAAUAUCUCUGGGUUUGGCACCCAACGAGGACAAUUCCAGUGUCCACUGCCUGUCGAUAUAGCAUCCGGCCUAGCAACAACGAAAGCCCUUGCACUAUGGAAUCAACUCAUCGUAUUCUUACUGACAGCCGUUCUUGCAUACACAAUCUGUCUGGUAUUCUACCGCAUGUACCUAAGCCCACUGGCCGCGUUCCCGGGCCCGUUUCUCGCCAAGACUACGCAUUGGUACGAGUUUUACCACAACUUCAUCCGGACCGGCAAGUAUUUUGAGAAGAUUAAAGACAUGCACGAGAAAUACGGUCCGGUGGUUCGUGUCACGCCCGAGGAAAUCCAUGUCAUGGAUCCGACCAUGUACAGCAAGAUCUUCGUCACCGGCGCCGUGAGGAAGACCGAUGCAUACCUAAGAUUCAGCAACGGCACCGGCUUUGAGGACAUGACAGCAAUAUCAACCGGCCACGAUGCCCACCGACGCCUCAGGGCUCCGCUUGACAGACUGUUCGCCCGUGCAAGCAUCAUGCGCAUCGAGCCCCGCGUCGCUGCGCGUUCCCAGAGACUGUGCGAUAGGCUCAAUACAUACAAGGGCACCGGGGAAGUGGUGAACCUGACCAAUGCGCUGAGCUCGCUCACGACUGAUAUUAUCUCGUCCAUUAUAUUCGAGGAGCCCUCCGAUUACCUCGGAGACCCUGAUUUCAACGAAGAGUGGUACCACACCCUCAAGAUGGGCACCAUGAGCAUCCCGCUUUUCAAGCACAUGCCGUGGAUGGUAGGCGUUGUCGCAAGGCCCCUUCUGCGGCGCCUGGUCACCUACAUAACAGACUGGACGAUAUGGGACGAGAAGGCGCGCAGGCAGGUCAUGUUGAUUCGCAAGCGCCCCUCCGACGAAUCGAAGACGCGCGAUGAGACCACCGUCCUCGACCACCUCGUGCACAGCGAUCUCGUUGAGAAGGAGCUCGGUGGCAACGGCGGCUUCGCCCGCCUAGCUCAACUUGUUCAGCAAGCAGGUGCACAUAACGUCUCGCACACGCUCGGAACCAUCAUGACGCAUUUGCUCCUUGAACCCGAGAAGGCUAAGCCACUUCGGAAUGAGCUGGAGGGGCUCUGGUCUCGGGCCCGUCAGGACGGUGACUUGGAUGGGCCUUCCUGGAUUGACCUGGAGAAGUUACCGUACUUGAGUGCCGUCAUCGCCGAAGGACUUAGGAUGGCCAUCGGUGGCAUGAAUAGGACGCCGCGCGUGUUUCCAGAAGAUGACAUCGAAUGCUGUGGUUGGACCAUACCGAAAGGGACCGCCAUCUCCAUGUCGACCUGCUGGAUGCACAACGACGAGCAGAUAUUCCCCGAGCCGAAUUGCUUUGAGCCCAAACGCUGGCUUGAGGCAGAUUCCGAGACCAUGAAAGCCAUGAAGAUGCACUUUGUACCAUUCGCAACCGGAAGUCGUCAGUGCGUAGGCCAAAAGUAA